AUGAAUAAUCAAAAAUCAGAUGACGAAAAAUACAAAAAAUUUUAAUGCAAAAUAUGUUUAGAUUUAGCAACAGAGCCAGUUAUCACACCAUGUGGUCAUUUAUAUUGUUGGUAGUGUCUCUAUACUGUAAAUUAUUUAAUUUAUAUCUUUUCUAGUGGGCUUAAAAGAAGAAUCCCUUAGUAUGUCCAUAUUGUUCAAAUGUCUUUGAAUUAGAAAAGGUCACUACUAUCUUCACAGGGGACUCUAAAGAAUCAAAACAAUCAGAAAUUCCUAAAAGACCUACAAAUCCAAGAUAAGAAUAGACCAAUUAAUAAUAACAAUUCGGAAACUUUUAAUUUGGUUUCAGUUUUGGAAUGCCAUUUAUGAUGAUGUCAAAUUUUAAUUUUGGAUAAGGACAAUAAGCUAAUGCAAGAAGUUUUAUGAUAAUUUUCUUUCUUGGAUUUAUAUUGAUGAAUUUCCUUCCCUUCUUCAAUUCCUAUUUCCAAGACAUUCCAUAAUAAACAUCAAGGAGGUCAAGAAGAUAGCAGGAUACAUCCGAAGAUUAUUUUACAAGUAUUGGAAUAAGUUUGGCUAUAAUCCUUGGUUUUGCUGGCCUAAACUAUUUGGCUAAGAAAAUUUUAAAUAAAUGAUAAACGUG